UCACAUUUACGAAAUUAAUAUGUUUUAGUGUAAUGUUAAGAAAUAUUUGAAUAGUACUUACUUACGUGUAUAUCUUACUUUUACAUGAGUAAUCUCUUUUAAAAAACAGCUGAUAAACAAGGAACUUAAGUUUCUGAGUCCAUGAAGAUGCCAGUGGCAUUGGUCUGGCUACUGGCAUUCACUAUUCUACUGAUCAGAGGGGAAGGCAAUAAUGCCAUCUGCAAGGAGAAUUUCAAGUUAGACCCUAGACCUCAUAGUGUUUCGAUCCUCGAGUUUGGAGCGGUUGGAGAUGGGAAGACGCUCAACACUCUUGCUUUUCAGAACGCUAUUUUCUAUCUCAAGUCUUUUGCGGAUAAAGGUGGUGCUCAGCUUUAUGUUCCACCAGGGAAAUGGCUCACAGGAAGCUUCAAUCUCACUAGCCAUCUCACUCUCUUCUUGGAGAAAGGAGCAACAAUUCUUGCAUCACCGGAUCCGUCGCAUUGGGACAUUGUCAGUCCUCUACCGUCCUAUGGUCGCGGAAUUGAACUUCCUGGCAAGCGGUACAGAAGUUUGAUCAAUGGAGACAAUCUAAUAGACGUAGUAAUCACUGGCGAAAAUGGGACAUUUGACGGUCAGGGUGCGGCAUGGUGGGAAUGGCUUGAGACGGGGUCCUUGAACUAUAGUCGACCUCAUAUUAUCGAAUUCGUCUCAUCCAAGCACAUCCUCAUAUCGAAUCUAACCUUUUUAAACGCACCCUCAAUCAACAUUCACCCUGUUUAUUGCAGUCAAAUUCAUAUCCGCAAAGUUUUGAUCGAAACAUCCGUUGAUUCUCCUUACGUUCUUGGAGUUGCCCCAGAUUCUUCCGACAAUGUUUGUAUAGAGGACUCAACAAUCAAUGUUGGCCAUGACGCGGUCUCUCUCAAGAGUGGUUGGGACCAAUACGGUAUACACUACGGCCGUCCAACCACUGCUGUUCAUAUUCGGAAUCUCAGCUUAAAGUCUCCCACUGGCGCCGGAAUCUCCUUCGGGAGCGAGAUGUCAGGCGGAAUCUCGGACGUGACCGUCGAGCGUCUUAACAUACAGAGCUCACACGUAGGCGUAGCCUUCAGAACCACCAGAGGCAGAGGAGGGUACAUCCGUAAUAUCACAAUCUCCGAUGUCGAUCUCACCAGCGUUGACACAGCCAUCGUCGCCAACGGACACACCGGGUCGCAUCCGGAUGAUAAAUUCGACCGGGACGCACUCCCAGUCGUGACACACAUCGUCCUACGGAAUUUCACCGGAGUGGAUAUAGGAUUGGCCGGUAAUCUCAUCGGAAUAGGAGAAUCUCCCUUCACCUCGAUAUGCCUCGCGGAUAUUCAUUUACAAACGCAUUCAGAUUCUUGGAUAUGCUCCAACGUCUCUGGUUUCUCAGACGACGUAUCACCUAAGCCUUGUCAAGAACUCAUGAGUUCUCAGUCGUCGUGCUUCGCCGGUGGUAGCAUAUAUGGUGGUGAUGCAGCGGCUCAGUCGUACUACAGUUGGUAAUUAUAGUGAAAUAAUAAAUGGGUGAUGAAGAA